AAUUCCCACCAUGUCCACCUACAAGACUUUGUUUAGGCAGCUCCACAACGAGUUGUCUAUUAUUUGCGCCAAGUCCGGUAAGCACCAGGCCGAACAGACCUUGAAGAAGCAGACCGCGCUUUGGCAAUACAAGAAGCUUAACCUCAUCAAGCUCGGGAUGUCCAUCAAGGAGGUUGAAGAAAAGUUGUUGCAAUCCAAGAUGGACUCCAAGAUCAUUGUGCCUGCGCACCCGGAGGCCGAUACCCACGCUUUGCUCGGAAGAACCCCGGAACAGGAGGCUACCGAGUACAGAGACUUGCAGCAUAUCGCCAACAUUACCACCUUUUUGCAAUCGCAGAGAGUCUACCAAGAGUUGUUAGAGAGAUACAAUCCUGGUAUGAACAUGGAACAGUCUGACAAAGUGCGUAAGACCGCCCACAGAGUUGGUUUGGAGCUUCCAGAAUUGAAAUAAACAACCCCCUUGCGUUAUCGAUAACUGGAGAAGCAUCAUUGGGUGCUGUUUUGUUGAAUUACUGGUUUGAUUAAUAUUUUCAAGAGAUCCGGAAUCCCCAUAGGUUCUCGGUUUUUAUAUGUGACUAGCGAUGAACUACCGGUAAUGAUAGGUGAUGUGUGGUUGCUUCAGCCUAGGUUUGUUGAUUUAACUGAUUUGUAUAUAUUUUGAACAUAGCCUUGUAACGAGAAUACUGAUUAGUAUAACUUGGGAA